UACCUUGCGGUGAUUUAAGAAAGUAGCCAAAGAGGUAAUACGUCUUCAUUUUCUUCCCCUAUUCCUCCUUUGGUGUAACACCAGUCUCAGGCAAUUUGUUAGUAAUGUAAUUUUUUCGUACUAAACGUGUUUCAUUAUUCAUCAUGUCUAAAAUCAGCAACAGAAAUUGCUGUGUAUCCAAGUGCCAUUCAAGAGCUUCUCGUGAUCCAAAAAUUAGUUUCCAUGGUUUCCCUAACGAAAAUGAGACGGUUCUUGUAAAUGGAGAAAGCGUGAGUAGACGGAAUAUGUGGAUCAAGAUACUUCGAAUUGACAAAACUGUGCAAAAGUAUAUGCUCGUUUGUUCAAAACAUUUUUUGAAGAGUGAUUAUAUUUUACCUGGUGUAAAAACGAUAAAACCGAGGUUGAAAAAAAUUGCAUUGCCAAGCCAGAACAUACCAGAACCUUGUACCAUAGAUCUACCUAAAAGUCACCCUGAGACUAACAGAACCAAAGACUUUGUUGAUGGUAAAAAGAAGUUAAAAUAUCAUGCCAUUCCAGUCUUGAGGCUUGGCCAUGGGAAAACCGAGUUCGGCAGCGAUGAAGAAUUUGCUUGCAAUUCUGAUAGUGAUCCUGAUAUAAUAGAAAUAAAGAAGAUAAGUGCUGCUGAAAGUAAGCGAGAUGCUACUGUAAAUAUCGAAAUAGACCCUCCUGAUAUUAAAACAGAGAUUAAGGAGGAACCACAACUUGAAAUGGAAAUUGACACUGGUAGGAGGCCAUCCAGGCGAGCAGCUCAAGUUGCUGCUAAGAAGAUAUAUAACACUGUACAUAACUUAGGUGGAAUAGAAUCUGACCUCUCAUCCUGCACCCCUUCGAGGUCCGGCGGGUCUCGUUCAUUUCAAAGGCAAAGGCAAAGAUUUACCCCUCUUAAAUUCAAUGGGCCUGAGUUGGAUGUCGUAUUGGAGUGUAACGAGGAAAUUUUGAGUGAAGUGCAGGCUGAAGCUUUGUUAAAAUCUCAACUGGAGUACAACAUGGUUAUGAAGACUCUGCGCUCUCUGAAAGCCAGCAAUGUGAAGAUAAUAUGCCACAUGGCUGAUGAUCAGCCUGCUGAGAUAAUUGAACCAGCUGUUGCUUUAUCUCCUCUCAAUAUAACAAUACAAAAUGGAACGCCUGUCGUCCAAAACUUGAGAAAGUCUCCCAAUAUUAUUGCAAUAACUCCAGUAAGACCAGAAAGCUCAUCCAUAUUACCAAUGGAACCUUAAACAGUUGUUUUUAUUGUCCGGUUAUCUGGCUUAGAUAUUUCAGCCAAACUUUUCAUUUCACUGAAGUCAUGAGAACUGAAAUUGAUGACACAUUAACCAUUAUUAUUUAUGAAGCAUUUCCAAACAUUGUUUUUGGUGCAUUUCUUUUGGAAGGACUUUGGCUUUGCAUUUUAUCAUUGCUUUGUUAAUUUUUAUUUCAUGUUCUAGUUUGAUAUUUUUUAUCCAAGUUCAUGAAAAAGAGUGCCUCUGUAAAUAUUGAUGCUUUAUGUUUCACUGUAUAAAAUGCUUGUUUU